AUGUCUUCCUUGCGCCAUCUCGCCCAACUCCAUAUGGCGCUUCCUAACCAGUCAGCCCCUAACAUCUCUUCGAGCCCUAUCCAUCUUCCUCUUACUAUUCUCGAUACGUUGGUUCCCGGCUCUUCCCACCUCGCUUCGUUCCUGCUUGGCUUUGGCCUCGAUGUCUCUUUGUUCGCCUCGUGGAGUGCCAUCCUGGGGACUGUAUGGGCCGCAUUCCGCUUCGGUCUAAUACCGGCAUACUACAACGCUGUAAGAGCACUGAGCUCGUCGGUGAUCGUGGACGAAUAUGACCCCAUCUACAGUCAUGUGCUCAAUUGGGCCAGCGCCCAAAAGUAUUUACAAGAUAUUCGCUCACUCCGAGCUCACACUGCCGGACAAUUCCAAGAUGACAUGGAAGAUUAUGAACAGGAAGAUAGUCUGCAGCUGCAUUUUCGAGAAGGGAUCCCUGAGGAUGCCAUUUUCAAUUUCAACAACUGGUCUGCCCGCGCACCACCUACGUUCCGACCCCAUACCUCGUCAGGCUGGUUCUUCCACAAUGGUCGAUUGUUCAGAUUGUAUCGAUGUCACGAUCGUGUAGCUAGCGGCUUCACUGGUGCCGUGUACGAAAGAGAACGUCUUGAAAUCACAGUUAUCUGGUUGUCUCCCAACCCCAUCAAGAGCAUGAUUCAGGAAGCUCGAGAAUACCAUCUGGUCCGUCGAACAACCACAACCACAAUCAAACGUCCUAUCCCCAAGUCUCAGAGGGCUGGUCGUGGACAAGCUUGGACAACUAUCGCCAACAGACCUAGCAGAUCGAUGGCCACGGUUGUGCUGGACAACGAUCAGAAGGCGGCCAUUCUCAAAGAUUUCAACGACUUUCUGCACCCCCAAACAGCACGAUGGUAUAGCAAUCGCGGAAUUCCAUAUCGUCGAGGUUACCUCUUUCAUGGUCCACCAGGAACCGGGAAGACCUCGUUGUCAUUUGCUCUUGCCGGGGUUUUUGGGCUUGACAUAUAUUGUCUCGCGCUCUCCGAGGCUACCCUGACUGAAGAGGAUCUGAUCCUGCUCUUCAACAGUCUCCCAAAGCGAUGUAUUCUGUUACUUGAGGACAUAGACAGCGCUGGUCUGGGCAGGUCGCCAAAGUUGAAGGACCUAGAAAAGCGAGAAACGACACAACAGGCACCAUCUGGUAAGGAUCAACAGAGCCGGAAGGAGUGCGGUGAGGAAAAAGACAACAAAGAGGACUCCACCCAAGCCGCGGGCAAGGCAAAAGACCAGCCCAGUCUCUUCGGGAAAGAAUCAACACUCAAGAACACGCUCACGUUCUCGGGCCUCCUGAAUGCCAUAGACGGAGUUGCGAGCCAGGAAGGCCGAGUCCUCAUCAUGACGACAAACCACCCGGAAAGAUUGGAUGAGGCCCUGACCCGGCCCGGCCGAAUAGAUCUGAGCAUCAAAUUUGACCUAGCAACCAGGCAGCAAAUCAAAGAUCUCUUUCUGCGUAUGUACUGUGUUGACUCGAUCGAGAUGGGAAGACAGCCGACAAAGAUCUGCCACAUAUUGCCGAAUGAGGCGGAGACCAAUUGGCCCAAUGCAAACACAACCAAGGACGGCGAUAUCGGUCGCAAUAAUCAGACCGACAAGCUCGGCCACCAGAAAGACAUGGGCAGAUCACGACUUUUAUCGGGGGAGACGUCGGCCGACGACAACUCAGUCUUGGACCUCGCGGAGCGAUUCGCAAAUUCCCUUCCCGAGCGGACCUUCUCGCCUGCGGAGAUCCAGGGCUUUCUCCUGGUCAGGAAGAAGUCUCCCGCACAGGCAGUCGUGGACGUUGUUCAAUGGAGGAAUGAGCAGCUGCAGAAAAAGGCCGAGCCAAAGGUAACAAAGGGACAAGAGAAGAGCACUGAGGCUGAUAAAGGGAGCAUGAAGUCCAGCGAAGGGGAAAAGACGGCGAGCUCGCCCUCAUCAAAGGACAACGCAAUAUCCGACCAGCAGGAGAAAGCAGAAAAUACCAUGUUUAAUGGCGUCGCCAGAGAACCAACGGGCGUGGAGUGUGUCACAGAUCCCACCGAGCCGGUAUCAUCGUCACCCACGGUCAAGCCAGACGCAGGAAAUUCGACGAGCUCGGAUCCAAAUAAUGAGGAUAACAAGGGUGGUGACGAUGCAGAUUAUGAUGGGUAUGAUACCAUGGCAGGCAGUGACAUGGACAGCUCAGGGAGCCGACAACGGCAACCAUAG